AUGGAUAAGAAGCAACGUACCUAUACGAGCGUUUCAAUAUCUACAUCUCCCCAGGAAGCUGCAGCAAGUCUUGAUCCAUUAGUUCAACCAAUUAAUGAUCAAGACGAUGAACCUAUGUAUAUUCAUCGACGAUCAUCUGUUUUCUUUGUGCCUACGAGCACUAUAAAUCAAAAUGAGGAAGAAAACAAAGAUGAAAACCAAUCAAAUCUUGUUAGAAAAUGUUUUAUUUAUAUGGAACGUUUUUCAGGUAUUAUAUAUGCUUUGCUUGGUUCCCUAUUAUUUACAUGUUCAAAUUUUGCAUUAGUACAAUUGAAUAUUGUUAUGGUUGACUUUCUUUUUAUUCGGAUACUUGUUCAAGGAUUAAUAUCACUCGUAUUUAUACUUUAUAAAGGCUAUCGACCAAUUCCUGAUUCAAAUAAAUUACUUAUUUUUAUUCGUUCUAUUUUUGCUGCUGGUGGAAGUAUUUCUUUUUAUCUUAGCCUAUCUAUGCUACCUCUACCAGAUUUAACAACAAUUCGUUAUACACAAGUCGUUUGGACAGCACUUCUUGCUUUAAUUAUAUUUCGCGAUCGAAUUACAUUGCCAACUAUCAUAGCAAGUAUAUUAACACUUAUUGGUGUUGCAUGUGUAGCACAGCCAACAUUUCUUUUUGCACAAUCAAAAAUAUACAAUGAAACUCUACAAGAUAAAGUAAUAAUUAAAAAUAAUAAUCGUGUAUUCGGUACAUUAUUAGCUCUUUCAUGUGCAUUUUCAAUAUCAAUGAGUAUUAUUUUAAAUAAAAAAUUGCUCCAAAAAAAUCUCCGACAAAGCAUCAUAAUGUUUUAUUUCCUAUUUACUACUCUUGUUUUAUGUAUAGCAAUGCAAGUUUAUUAUUGGAUAUUAUCGAAAUCAAAUCAUUUGGAAUUUAAUUUAAAAAAAAAAAUCUUGAGAAAAGAUUUUUUAUUUGCAUUGAGUAUUGCUAUAUUACAAUUACUUCCAAUGGUAUUAUCACAAAAAUCAAUUAAACGCGAGCAUCCAUCAAUUGUUACAGUUGUACAAUCAUCAGAUAUACUUUUUGCAAUUGUACUUCAAAUUUUAUUUUCAUCGAUUAAAACUAAUCUACUGGUAUUAAUUGGAUCAGCACUUGUUCUUACAAGUAUUUUUAUUGUUGGUGGUCAUAAGUUAUGGUUAGAUCAACAAAAUCGUACUUAUAUACCAACAUCAACAGAAGAAAAUACAUUUAAUGUUCAAGCAAAAGACUAG